UAACUUUGAAGCUAUAGCACAAUGCCUGCUGGAGUUGGUUGGGGUCAGUAUAUAAAAUUCUUUACUUGUGCUAUGCUUUCCAUGAUGGCUGGCUCCCAAUUGGUUCACUACUAUUACAAGCCAUUACAAGAUCUAGACGUUUAUAUCGACAAUGAGAUGAAAAAUAUUGGCAGUGCAGAGAAAGACAAAAUAAAAAUAGCAACAAGUUAAAAUUUUACAUUA